AUGAGCGCAACAUCACCAGCGGAUAGGAAUACUGCGAGCGAUACGAUGAGUCCGCCGAAUGACUCCAGCGGCAACGCCAAGCGAAAAAACGAGAAUGGCGCGCCUACACAGCGCGCGAAGCGCAAUAGAUAUAUAAGUAUAGCAUGUAAUGAAUGCAAACGGCGGAAGAUUAAGUGCAAUGGCGAGACACCAUGCCAGCGCUGCGGCAAUCUCAAUCUGGAGUGCGCCUACGCUCCCAACUGUUGCAACUCGUUCAAAGAUAGCGACGAGUUCAAGCAAAUGUCAACACACAUAACCUCUCUGCAACAACAGGUCGACGACCUCUUCCAGAACCUCAGCGCGCUCCGGGCCCAGGUCGAUGUGCAGAGCAACGGUUCCAUCGGCACACCAUUCAACCCAGACUACCAGCAGACGCCUAUGUUACCGCCUACAUCCGCCCGUUCGCGAUCGAAAUCCUUCAGCAAACAUCCCCGUUUCCACGGUCCGACGUCGAACGCAUUUAAUGUUGGGGUGGCCAGGUCGAGCUUGAAGACCAUGGGCAUAAACGCGGGCGAGGAAGGCGAAGACGAGGGCAUCUUAACUCGCGACGCAACACCUAGGGCGUCUCCUCCAAUACCCAACGCCACCUUGACAAAACGUCCCAUGCAUGCGGACAAAGACCCGAUAUGGGCCAUCUCGAAGCACGAGGCUAUUCGUCUGGUGCAUGUUUGGCACGAAGAGAUGGGCAUCAUGUAUCCUAUUCUGGAAGUUGACAAACUGUUGCGCUAUACCGAGAUGCUGUUCACCUUUGUAGAAGCAGCGGCCAGGUCGGGCCUGAUGCAAUGCGCUCUCCCCGGAUCAGACGCAAUGAUGGAUGAACAGAUUAGCGUAUUAAAGCUCGUUCUCGCAAUAACACUAGUCCUUGAAGGCGGAGGAAAGGAUCCUCUGGGCGAGAGACUCUUCGAGAACGUACACAAGAUCGUCUACAAGGCCUUGUCCGAGCCUGUUAGCCUCCAUGGAAUCAGUUUGUUGGUGCUGACAGCCAUGUAUCACUUCACUCGGGAUGACGAAGCUAUGGCCUGGCGCGUGAUUGGCCUAGCUGCACGACACUGUCUAGAGUUGGGCUUACAUCGUCGCGAUACAUAUGUGGCUCUCUUCCCUGAUCCUGAGGAGCAAGCAGCAGCAGUUCGGACUUUCUGGACUAUCUACGUGCUAGAUCGUCGGUGGAGCUUCGGUACUGGGAUGCCGUUUGCUCUGCAAGAUGCAGACAUUGAUACAAAUGUACCGAAGCCGGACAUAUCUACGCAUGAGUCUACACCGUAUCUCAACGCCAUGAUAUCAUACUCUGUCAUCGGCUCUAAAGUAUGGAAAUCUGUCGCCGAUGUAGGACAUCAGGACAAGAUCAACAAGGACGACAUCUCUUUUCUUGACUUUCAGGUUCUUAACUGGCACCGUAGUAUACCGGAGUCCUUGAAGUUCGUUCAUCCGGAUAGCGGUAGACAGGUUGAACCUCCUGCGCGAGUUCUCCAUCGUCUACAGGUCGUACUCUACCUUCGAGCCAACCAGAUGCGAAUACUCAUCUACCGCCCAGUUUUACAUACCGCAACUACAAUCAUGGAGAACAUUGAAUUCGCACAUGUCGUAGUCAAGGUCGCCAAAGACACGAUCCGCAUACUGACAUAUAUCAACCAAACAUCGGACAUCUACAGAAGCCAGCAGACUAUGUUCAACUAUUUCCUUAUAUCGGCGCUGGCAGUACUAUUCCUAGCUGUUGCUCACGCGCCAGCUGAAUUCAGCCAACAAUCUCGCGACGAGUUCUACAUGGCUCUCGAGCUCGUCCGUGGCCUAUCGUCAAACUCGUACGUCUCGAAACGUUUAUGGAGGACCAUCAAAACGAUCAAGGAAGUUGGACCUCGUCUCGGGCUCGUCAUACGUAAUGAUGAUACACAAGAUGCACAUUCAUCGGCUGCUGUAGCAAUGGCAGGUCUCGCAGGCCACUCGAUGGAUGAUUUAACCCUGUUCUCGAAUGGCCGUAAUGGGUCUAAUCUUGAUACGCCACAUGGAAUGGCUAGUGACUUGACGACGUUGUUUGAGGCUGCUGGGGGCAUCUUCAAUCUCAAUGGAUUUGGGGGAUCGGCGAGUGAGCUUCCUAGCUCAAAUGGAGAGUUUGUGAAUGGGUUCUCACAUGAAAAUGAUGAGCUGGCGAGGAUCCUGAGGGACUUGUUCUGA